GAUUAGGUAUAGGAUCUUUGAGAAAUUAAUUUUGUACUCAACACAUUCAACGGUGCACUUUUAGUAGAAAAGUGGGUAAGAAGAAGUCACGUGAGAUCUUAUUCAUCUGUGGAUUUUGCAAGCAUGGCUGGGACUCUGUACACAUAUCCUGAUAACUUUCGUGCCUGCAAGGUGCUCAUAGCAGCACAGUACAGUGGAGCAGAGAUAAAAGUGGUCAGCGAACCUCCCGAGUUCGUCCUGGGGCAAACCAACAAAACAACCCAAUUUCUCGACAAUUUCCCCCUAGGCAAAGUGCCUGCAUUCAUCACAGCUGACGGGAAUGGAAUCUAUGAGAGCAACGCUAUCGCAUAUUACGUUGCCAACGCUCAAUUGCGAGGGACCAAUGAUUUGGACACUGCUCACGUUCUACAGUAUGUGAACAUGGCUGACAAUGAGAUCCUCCCCUCAGCCUGCACCUGGACCUUCCCCACGCUCGGCAUUAUGCAGUACAACAAGGCCAACACUGAUCAGGCCCAGGCCCACCUGAAGAAUGUGUUUGCUGUCCUGGACCGUGUGCUGGCCACCAAGACCUUCCUGGUGGGAGAGAGGGUCACUCUGGCUGACAUCACCUGUGUCUGUGACCUACUACUGCUCUACAAACAGGUGUUGGAGCCGAGCCUGAGGCAGCCCUACCCCAAUGUCACCAGGUGGUUCUUGACCUGUAUCAACCAGCCACAGUUUAAGACAGUGUUGGGAGAAGUCACUCUCUGCACAAAGAUGGCUACCUUCGAUGCCAAAACUUACGCCGAGCUAUUCCCCAAGAAGCAAAAGGACAAGAAAGAAAAGGCCUCGUCGACACCAAAGAAAGAGGAGAAGAAAGCUCUACCCCCUGCGGCAGUAGUGGAAGAAGCGCCAAAGGAGCGAAAAGACCCUUACGCUGAUCUACCUCCUUCAACAUUUGACCUCGAUGCUUUCAAGAGAAGCUACUCGAACGAAAAGGACACCAAGGUAGCCGUCGCUCAUUUCUGGGAGAACUUCGAGAAAGAAGGCUGGAGUAUUUGGAAGUGCAAGUACGCAGAUGACCUGAGCACUUACAAGGUUUUUAUGUGCUCGAACCUGGUGUCAGGAAUGUUGCAGCGGCUGGAAAAGCUUCGUAAGACGUCAUUUGCUAGUAUCUUGAUUGUGGGAAAGGACAAUGAUGCUUCAAUAGAGGGAAUUUGGGUGCUGCGAGGACAGAAGCCUUUCUAUGAGGUGAACAAUGAUUGGAACGUAGACGCACCCUCGUACGACUUCACCAAGCUGAACCCAGACAGUGCCGAGGACAAGGCCAUAGUCGACAAGUACUUCCUGUGGGAGGGCGACUUCGGGGGGAGAGAUGUGCCUGAUGGAAAGGUGUUCAAAUAGGGACAAUGAUAAACCAUUUAGGAGAAACACUGAAUAUGUAUGUUCUGUUUUCAAAUUCAGAUUUUGUUUUAUCAUAAUUAGAGUAUUUCGACGAUCUUUACCAUAAUGUUCUAAAAGCAAAAAAUUAAUGUUAUAACAGUUUGUUCUAAUGA